UACAGUGAGAGAGAGAGAGAGAGAAGGAGCACGUCAGCGUAGUUAUAGUUGAUACUUUAUUUCAUGCAACCGAAGCGUUCGUGAUUAAAAGAAGACGCUGCACGUAAAAUACCAAACCGGGCGCUGUGUUAGAUUUCUUUUUCUCCCGCUCUAUGGAUUUGUUGCAGUUUCUGUCAUGGGCCUGCAUCGUGUUCACAGUCGGGAUGUUCUCGACUGGACUGACCGACCUGAAGAAGAUGAGAGAAUCCAAAAGUGCAGACAAUAUCCAGUUUCUCCCUUUCCUCACCACAUGUCUUAAUAACCUGGGUUGGUUGUAUUAUGGGAUUCUUAAGGCGGAUCAGACGAUCGUCCUGGUCAACGUUAUCGGAGCUGUCCUCCAGUUCCUGUACAUCAUCAUGUACUUCCACUACACAAAACAAAAGAGGCUUGUGAUGUCGGAGACUCUUGCAGCAGGGAUUGUGCUGACCUGCGGCUGGUGCUACUUCACUAUGUUUCUUCCUGAGGGAGAAAUUCGGCUCAACCAGCUGGGCCUCACCUGCAGCGUGGUCACCGUCAGCAUGUACCUGUCCCCGCUCGCCGACCUGGUAGAGAUAGUACGUAGUCGUAAUGUGCAGUGCUUGUCCUUCCCCCUGACUGUAGCCACCUUCUUCACUUCAACCUCCUGGGUCCUCUACGGCCUACAGCUAAAUGAUAACUAUAUUGUGGUUCCAAACACACCUGGAAUCUUCACCAGCCUCAUCAGAUUUUAUCUGUUUUGGAGAUUUGCGUCUGUCAAUCAAAGCUCGCCUUCCUAUAAGUCAAUGCAGAUAUGAGGACAUGAGGGCGAUGGUUAUGAAAACAGAAAGAGAUGACAGAUUUGUUGGCUGCAGCUCUCCCAUCAGUCGUCUUGUCCUUUUAAUAGAGCGAAACAGAAUCACAUGACAAGGAACAAACUGUCAUUAGGGUGACACCACUUAUAAUGUGGAGGUAAUGUCUUGUGCUUCUUGGGGAGGUAUACAAAUGAGUACAGUAAACUCAAUUAGGUGGAAAAGUUAUGAUGUCGAUUCAACAGUUUUUUCUGCGGCUCUUUGUCAACCCUGUGUCUCCUCUCCAUGUCUGUCAAGUGCCUUCAGUUAGGUCAUGUUUGCCAUUAAAGAUCAAUGGCAUUUACUGACCAACAGACUUUCUCUGUUCACAAUCCAAUGAAAUUGGAUUGAAUCCUCCUCACCACUUACGAGCCAAAGAUUUUUGUGGAAUUGUAACUUGUUGGCUGCUAUUUUAAUAUUACAUUUUGUUUCUCUGUUCCCUGGUACACAUGUAGUAACGCUGUCCUAUAUAGUUUCAUAUUUUUCCCCACAGCCUGGUGAGGCAAUGAUGAUUUCAUACCUCUUCAGAGUUGGUAUCACCAUGUAGAUAAAAUAUUGAGUCAUAUCAGUGGCAGUAAGUUAUAUUUGUUUAUAAAUGUUUUCUAUAUAUUUUGUGUCUGAAUCUUUUUGAUACAGGAUGUGUAUGUUGGUCUUAUGUCUAAGGUCAUAUAUUGAUUACUUAUAUUGUUAAUUCUAUUUUUAUAAGUUCUUGUGAGAUUAAAUCAAAUUGCAAGAUGAGAUUAACACCACAGGAUUUGUUUACAGAAAUGAAUGAUUCUUAUUUCUCUGGUGGCUGGUUGUCAUGGGUAAUAAAAUUGUACUUUUUUCCCUCAUUAUUACCUAUAAUAAGGACAUAUGUUAUGCAAAUUAAACAGCUGAGUGUUAGUGCUAAUUCACUCACUGCUAAAGGAUGUAAGAUCUUUAAAGGGGCCAUGUAAAUAAAUUUUUAUCUUAACCAUCAA